AUCCCCUACCAAGCCAUUUACGCUUUCUAUCGAUCAUUCAUAAAGGAAAGUCUCGGAAUUCUUCCUAUUGGCCUGUUUCUGCGAAAUCUCCAACGGUGCCUGCGUUCCCAUCCACUCCGACGAAUUUCCUUAUCUACCUUCGCAUAUGCAUGCAUCCCGACGCCUAUAAAACCAGCAAGAAGAGCGACUACAGCCUCAGUGCGGCCUUCGAAGCUCUUCAGCCUCCAUCGUCCUCAGCGUCUUCGUCGGACGAAUUUGGAUCGUCAAUGAGAAUCAUGCAGACAAUGCAUCUUCACGGAAUCGCGAUGGGAAUCGCCAUGAUCCUGCUUCCCGCCACUCAAUCUCAGCGCCUCACGCCCACAAAUUGCCGAACUUUGGAAGAAAGCGUCGGACUUGUGUCUUGCGAAGCGGACGAGAUGAUGUUCUCCACCUGCGGAGCGGGCGGCGAACCGGGAUCCUGCGGCACGUCCGCCAUCAAAAUCGAAUGCUGCGGCUUGGGGGAUGGCAUCCUCACGUCCGACGGCUGCGAGGAGGAGUACGGCGACGGCGGGUCCAUGGUGGCCUGCACCGACACGGACAAGUUCAUGCAAGGCGCGUGCAGCUCCUUCAUCACUCCCGCCUGCUUCGACGAAAACAACAUCGCCCACACGCAUUCGAUCAAGUGUUGCGACUAUCAUCUGGAUGGCAAGAGGCUCUAUCCAGAGGAGUCCGAGGACUACGGAUCCGACCCCGGACACGAAGUCGAAUGUCCGCCUAACUCGGCAGCCGUGGGUCGCUGUGCGGUCCUCAACUCUCCCGAUUGUGCCGGGAGUUACGUGCAGCUCAAGUGUGCGUUCGCCGCCGUUUGUCUCUGCUAGCGACGACCCGAUGAGAGACACGAAGCCGGUUGUAAUAAAGAUGUUUUCGUAGCGA